GCCCGCGUUGUUUCAUUAUUGCUAAAAUUAAAACAAGAUUCUCCUCGCGCGUGAUGGAUCAUUAAUUGCCGUCGCGUUUUUGUUUUGUCGCUGUCUUAAAAGUAUUCCGAAUAAAAUUACUAGUGCAAUUGAUUCUUUCUGGUGUAGCGGCAUUGAUUUUGGAUUUUAGAAGAUGUUUUUUAUCCUGUGAAAGUAUGUGAAAAUUAUAUUACUGUCAGAUUCCCCUUGAUGGAAAUGAGAAAUGUAUCAAUACAAUGCUGCCAUAAGAUGGGACGCGUUGUAGUCUGAAAAGACCGGUAAUUUGAAAAAAAGUUGGAGAAUUGACGUAUUCAGUCUGUUUAGAUUAGCGCUGUCAUAAUGUGUAAUUUUCCGUAGCGGGAAAUUGCUGUUAAACGAUUAUCCGGGAAAAGCAGGCAAUAUUUAUUUAAAUCUCAGAAAUGUGAAACGCAUCGUUGCAGUUAUUUAAUGCGGCAAUUUAGUGAUCUUAUUUAUCACUUAAAAAUAAUUUUUUUUUUAUAAAGAAUUGUUAAAUAAUAUAUAUAACGGAUUGUCAUAUUAUCGUGUAUUGUAUAGUAAGAAUUGUGAAAAAUAAAAUAAACGAAGCAAAUGGAGGGUCAAUCGAACGAACCACCAAAAAUGAACACACACGUGUCUAUAACAGUCCCCGAGGAGUAUCCGGCAGGACCGCGGGGUUGGCUUCUACGCUUUCGUAACCGGAACUGGCGUAAGGUCGGACAUGGAAUGAAAGAAAAUCUUCUGUUGAUCCUUCUCCUCGGCUCUGUCAUCCUAGGAUGCGCCGUCGGGUUCGGCGUGAGGAACGUGUACGGAGAGAUGAACAAGCGACAGCUCAUGUACCUCAUGUUUCCGGGUGAAAUGCUUAUGCGCAUGUUGAAGAUGUUGAUACUUCCGCUGGUCGUGUCUAGCCUUAUCGCCGGCAUCGCGGGGCUUGACGCCUCCACUUGUGGCAAGAUGGGGCUUCGGACCAUCGCUUACUUCGCCACUACCACGGUCAGUGCUGUCGUGCUGGGGAUUAUCAUGACCUACAUCAUGGGCCCGGGCACGAAUUCGGACAAGAAAGGUAUCCCAAGAUAUGGCCAUGCGGCUCAGCUGAACCCGGUGGAUACCUUCCUGGACCUUAUCAGAAACAUGUUUCCUGACAAUCUCAUAGUCGCCGCCUACGAAGGUUAUCGUUCCGAAGAAGUUCUAGUCGAGAAAAACACAACGGAAUCUCUUCGGUUAAACACCACUGAUAGUGAUGUUUGGUACUCGUCUGCGGAAGGGAAAGUCUUAAACGUUACCGUUCACUUUUCGAAUGAUACGUUGACGUCAAUUACAAGAAAUAUCACGAAGAUGGUGUUGGAGCCCGGAAGUUCCAACACUGGUUCCACCAACAUUCUGGGCCUGGUGGUCUUCUCCGUUCUCAUGGGCAUCAUUCUGGGCAGGAUGAAGAGCAAAGGCAAACCGCUGGUUGACUUCUGUAGCUGCCUCGCUGAUGCCACGAUGCACAUCUUUGUUAUCUUCAUCUGGUUCUCUCCAAUCGGUAUCACGUUCCUGAUCGCUAGCAAGAUCGUGGAGAUGGAAGAUUUCGGUGUGAUGAUCGGCCAGGUGGGCGUCUACUUUCUAACGGUACUUCUUGGCCUCUUUAUUCACGGAUCGAUGGUACUCCCCCUCAUCUUCUUCGUGCUCACGCGCCAAAACCCGUAUAAGUUCAUCUACGGGAUCUCACAGGCGCUUGCUACCGCGUUUGGAACCUCAUCAAGUUCCGCCACGAUGCCGGUCACGCUCCACUGCCUAGAGGUGAACAACCACAUUGACCCGCGCGUCAGCACGUUCGUUAUUCCCGUUGGAGCCACCAUCAACAUGGACGGCACCGCUCUCUACGAGGCGGUGGCCGCGCUCUUCAUCGCCAACGUGAACAAGAUCACCAUGAACUUUGGCAACGUGAUCACUAUCAGCAUAACAGCGACAGCUGCGUCUAUUGGGGCUGCGGGCGUUCCCCAGGCGGGUCUUGUUACCAUGGUGAUUGUUCUGUCCGCAGUGGGACUCCCAGUGGAUGACAUAACACUCAUUCUCGUCGUCGAUUGGUUUCUAGACCGAUUCCGAACCUUCACAAACGUAAUGGGCGACAGUCUUGGAGCUGGGAUUGUCUACUAUCUGUCGAAGGACGAGCUUCCGCCUCUUCCUGAAGAUGCCGACCAUGUUGCGGGACCUCACGAAGUCGUCACGGAGAGUCCCGGACUUGUACGGAAAGGCCCGAAUGGAGCCGAAGAGCAUGGAGAUAUUGCUAAUGUUUAACAUAAAACAUAGCAUUAUAAAGGUUUUCAUUGUACGUUCUUGUUCAAGAGGUUGUGAUUCAAUCGUGGUUGUGAACUUUGAAAUGUAUUUGAAACCGUUAACUGAUGAGAAUGAAGACUUUGUACUAUUAUAUACGAUAAGAUUUUACGAAUGAGAGCGGUAGCUUGCACAGCAAAUGGAUUUUGAUAAGGGUUAUGAGCAGUGUGACUUGAAGAUAUUAAAAGAACAAAUUUGAAUUGUAUUUUCAGAUUUAGUUAGUGCUCAUCAUGUUAAGUCUCGUUUUCAUAAUUGAAAUUCACAAUUUAAUUUCCAUUUUCCAUUUUUUUUCAUUUGUGGUAGAUGGCCAGGCUUUCUCUGAAUGCUACAUAUUUAGAACCGACGAAUUAUUUUUAGGGCAUAAUAUGUAAAUCGUUUUUGACAUUCAAAAUACAAUGUAUUAAAAUCAUUUAAUUAGUUCUAUCAUAUAACAACAAACACUGUGCAAUUCUUUAAUUUGAACAACGUCUGUAAUAUAUGUAUUCCGUUAUUUUUUUGAUUCAUUGUAUUCAGUUUUAACUGAAAAAAAUUAACAUGAUAUUUUGAUAUUUGAAUACAGAAUGAUUUCAGCCUUUUGCAUCAUGGAUAUUAUAUCCCUACCUCCGUAAAUUUGUAUCUGAGACUAUUUACUCUUUUUGCACCCAUUUCAUUUCAUUAAACCAAUGUUAAUACCGUAUUCAAUAAAUAACAAUCCCAAACUGGUAAAAGAUAUUUGUCUUUAAAUUGUUUGAUUUUUGAGCCAAAAACAGCAGUGCAUUGUUACAAAGGUUGUAUAAUAGCAGCACAUUUAAUAGGGCUUAAUUCGUUUAUAGUUGUAAGCAUUUAUAAAUGUUUAAGUUGUAUGAUGUAUAUUUGAUGUUUUCAUGUAAGUCUAUUGUAUUCCUAUCACUCAACUAGUAGUUGUUAACAUUGUUAUUAUGCAAAUGAGAGGUUUCAAAUCUUAAAUGUAAUUGCUUUUCUAAACUUUCGGAUGACAAACACAUAUUUCAUUUUCGGGUCAUUAUUUAUAACGAUCUGUUUCUAGUGAACGGAUUUAAAAUGGACAAAAACAAAUACAAAAUGUAAAUAUAACAAAUAUACAUGGUAACGUGUUAAAUUUAGUCGUUGAUUUUGAUAUAGAUUAAACUGUGUAAAUAAAUGUAUUGUAUUAAUAUGUAAUCUUUAGUCAACGAAUAGGAAUAUAUGUUGAUAUUUAAAUUAUUCAAAUAACGUGUUAAUAGUUGUCCUUGUAUUAUAUCUUUUCCUAAAAUUUGACAUGAAAUCUAAUACCAACAAUAUUUUAAAGAAGACAUAAUGACGCAUGCUAUUCACUGAAUGAAAUAUGAUAAGUGCCCGUAACGUGCUGGUAUUACCUAAAUAUUUCCCUGUAAAAUAAUUACAGCUCAUCCCAUGAACUCAAAUAAAAUUCUUUUCCAUCAGAGACCCUGCAUUUAGUGCGGCGCCACCAAAGGUUGUCGUUGAUUCAAGAGCAAUAUUAUUUAUAAGAAGUUUAUAUUAUAUUGGUUGUGUUAUAUGUUGUUUAUAUAUAUAUAUUUAUCUUAAUGUAUGUUUAUUUUAGUAAAGUAGUAAAGUUUAUCUUUUAAUCUCUGUGGUUUCGAAAAAUCAUUAUCAUUCUUUAAAGCAUCGUAAUGUCUUUUUCUGUAUACAUGUAGAAGAACAACAUAUGUAACCAAACAAUUCGACCACAGACAAGGAUUCGAAAUGGUUAAAAUGGGACUGUUUGCUUAUGAUGUUUUAAGUAUUUCACGAAACAGUUCUAUUUUUAAUUCAAUUAAAUGUUGUA